UAUCUAUCCAUCACAACUGUUCAACGCAAUCCUCUCUGAACGUAGUUGCAAGUGAGGUUUGGCUCCAUCGAGGGUGUUGCGCUUGAUGGGAUGUCUUCGAGGGGUGGAUUGCAGGAGAUGGCUGUGAAUGCGCGCGGUCCAUAUGGACUCAAUGCAGCAUCCGCUGCAAGCAAGAUCCAGCAUAUUCCAUCGGCACCUUCAUGGCGCAGCAGCAAGAUCGAUACCGAGGACUGCAUAACCAGGUGUCGUUGUACUAUGCAUCAACACUGGCAGGUAGGUGUACUAGUAUACUGUGUGCUCUUCCUCUCAACCGCGCCUUUACUGCCUCUGCCAGCGUGUUGUGGGGCAAGGUUUAGCAGAGAAAAUCAUUUCACUAUUCUCGGUGGGUGAAUGACGAGAGCUGCACUGGGGCCGGCCAUUUGCUGUCUGUCUCGACGUAAUGCUUGCUACCCUCUAUAUACCUCCUACCUUCCCCGCACGAAGCUAUCCCUAUCGUCGCAAACCGCCUUCAAUUCACUUCCAUCACACAGACCAUAACAACACCGUCAAUAUGUCUGCU